UGAAUUCAUUUCCUUACAUGUCAGUUUCCGGUACAAGUUAUCUUUCUUUUUAGCAAAAUGGCUCCAAAACCGAAGCCCACCGAUAAAGCAGCCAGCAAAUCUUCUGAAAAGAAAACAGAAAAAAAAGGUGAAAAGAAGCCAACCGCUUCUUCAACAUCUAAAGUGACAAAACCAGCUGCUAAGCCAGCUACUGCAAAGAAACCAGCAGCUGCCAAAUCAGCGAGUGCUGCAAAGCCUGCAGCAAAACCAGCUGCAAAACCUGCACCCAAAGUUGCUGCUAAGCCAUUAAUUAGCAAACCUAAAAAAAAUGUCCAAGCAACAAAGAAAACACCCAAAGGUGGAAAACCAGCUGCGCCACUUCAAAAGGCACUUAAAGUUCAGAAAAAGAUAUUGAAAGGUGUUCAUGGAUCAAGAGUACGAAAAAUAAGGACAUCUGUACAUUUCCAUCGACCAAAAACGUUCAGGCCACCAAGGAAUCCAAAAUAUGCAAGGAAGUCUGUACCAAAUAGAAAUCGUAUGGAUGCAUUUAAUAUUAUUAAAUUUCCAUUAACUACUGAAGCUGCUAUGAAAAAGAUUGAAGACAAUAACACAUUAGUGUUUAUUGUCCAUACUCGUGCAAACAAAUACCACAUCAAAGCUUCUAUCAAAAAACUGUAUGAUGUUGAUGUCGCUAAGGUUAACACGUUAAUCAGGCCUGAUGGUAAAAAGAAAGCGUACGUACGCUUGACGCGUGAUUACGAUGCGCUUGAUGUUGCUAAUAAAAUUGGUAUAAUAUAAGUGUACCUGUACAUGACUUGUGUGAAAGGGAGGAUAUAUCUGUAACGAUAAUAAAAAUUUACAAAAGCUA